AUCGAAAAACCUCAGCGCUCACCUUUCUAUACCGCCAAAAACUCCUCCGACGGAAGGGAAGAGGAAGCGAACAUCCAUGGAGAAGCAACAACUCCUAGCCAUGGGCUUCUCGGAGGACCUGGCCAGCCAAGCGUUGAUCGCCACUGCCGGCGAUUUAACCAAAGCCACUUAAUGGAUUCUUAGCAACCCCCAGGAUUCCGGCGAUUCCAACCCCGUUUCUUCCUCUCUCCCUGCCGACCAGCCCUCAACUUCCCCUUUCCAGCCCAAAAUCAAUCGCUUCUUUCAAUCACAAUCCCAAUCCCAAUCCAAACCCUCUUCCGUCAACAUCUAUCACGAAGAAGGCGAAGAACCCCAAUUACAGCGUUCAACAAAACGCCCCAAAUUAGCAGCGCAAGCGGAGGAAGAAAAGAACAGUAAGAAGGUGCCGGCGGCGGCGACAAACCCUCACGAACCGUUAUCGGAGCGGGUGAGACCUCGGACUCUCGACGAGGUGGUGGGACAGGACCAUUUACUGGGCCCCAGCUCCGUUCUGAAAUCGGCGAUUGAUUGUGGCCGCAUACCCUCUAUUCUUCUAUGGGGCCCACCGGGCACCGGCAAGACAUCCAUUGCCAGAGCCAUACUGAACUCCUGCUUCUCCUCCGUUGCGGGGAUAUAUAGGUUUGUCUCUUUGUCUGCCGUGACUUCCGGGGUUAAGGAUGUCCGAGACGCAGUUGAUGAAGCUAAGAAACUGAAGAAACUGUGCAAGAAAAGAACCAUUCUGUUCAUGGAUGAGGUUCACAGGUUUAACAAGGCUCAACAAGACUCAUUUCUACCAGUGAUUGAAGAUGGGAGUGUUGUGUUCAUGGGUGCCACCACUGAGAACCCAUCAUUCCAUUUGAUCACACCGUUAUUGUCUCGGUGUAGAGUUUUAACCCUUAACGCCUUAAAACCCGAUCACAUUCGCAUACUCCUCAGGCGAGCUGUUGCUGAUUCCGAUAAAGGGUUGGCAUGUAGUGGGAGUUGGAAAGAUUUGAAAAUUGAAGUAAGUGAUGAAGCUAUCGAGUUUCUCUCGAUGCACUGCGAUGGAGAUGCAAGGGUUGCAUUGAAUGCCUUGGAAAUUUCUGCUACUACUGCAGCUUCCAGGGCUCGAUUGUGUGUUGUACCAAAUAUCGAGUCCGGAGAUGACAGUGGGAAUCGAGCAGCAAAUGCAAAUGCAAAUGCAAUGGCAUUGAGCAUUGGUUUGAAUGAUGCUAAAGAAGCAUUGCAAUGUAAACACUUGGCAUAUGACAGGGCGGGGGACGAGCACUACAAUCUCAUCAGUGCACUUCACAAAUCCAUGAGAGGGAGUGAUGCUGAUGCCUCGGUUUAUUGGUUGGCAAGAAUGCUGGAAGGAGGGGAAAAUCCACUCUACAUUGCCCGUCGGCUAGUUAGGUUUGCUAGUGAAGAUGUGGGCUUAGCUGAUCCUAAUGCACUUUGCCAGGCCGUGGCAUGCUAUCAAGCCUGCCACUUCUUGGGUAUGCCCGAGUGCAAUGUGAACCUGGCUCAAUGUGUGGUUUAUUUGGCCUUGGCCCCCAAGUCAAUUGCUGUUUACCGGGCACUGGGGGAUGCUUUGAAGGUAGUGAGGGAGUCGGUAGGACAGAACGAAGGGGUGCCCCUUCACUUGAGGAAUGCACCAACCAAACUAAUGAAGGAUCUUGGAUAUGGGAAGGACUAUAUUUAUACACCUGACAAUCCUAAUUCAUCCCAGACUUUUUUGCCACCUUCUCUUCAAGGUUAUAAGUUUCUGAACUGGCCCUAAUCAGUGCUAGCUAGCUGCUUGCUAAUCAAUUAUGAUGAAAGUAGUACUCAACAUGCUCAUCCUAAUUCCUAAUUUGUACUUCUUUUGUUCCACUACUAUUACUUGCAGAUUUGAGUGGAUAUAUGUUUGAAACAUCUCAGUGGCAUUUGGUUCAAACAUUGGAAUUGAAAUGAUAGUAGGGUAUGACAAAAUGCCUUUGUAAAGAAGCUUGGACUGGACAUAUAGUCCUAUUACCUAUAUACUGAGAAAUUUUGAUCUGCAUUCUCAGUGCACCUUAUCCUUUAAAACGAAUGAGAAUCUUCUGCACAGACAUGAUAAUUUGGUGAA